GAGUAGUAGUUGCAAAGCGGAAAGAAAAUGGCGGCCGUGGCUGCGGAGCCAGGAGCUGCUGCUGCUGCUGCAUCAACAACAACAGUAGGGGACGGGCUCGAGUAUGAAGCGGAGCCCGGCGAGCAUGUGGUCGGAAUAGAGCACGACUCAGCAGCGAGCUUCGUCCCAGAAAUGGAGCUGUGUCACCCGUCAGAGAGAGUGGAUGCAGUUCAGGAAUGCAGUCCAGUCCGAAUGGAAGUGAGAAGGCCGGAGCUGCGAGUCGCGGGGAAGGCGCUGUGUGUGCACGCUGAGGAUGGACACAGCGACACAGACUGCACACACAACGACACUGGGGCUGCAGAGGAGCGCCUGAAAGAGUCGUUUAAUCCAAAAGCGCCGGCUGCUAAUAACGAGGUCAGUCCACACGAGUCCAUCACAGACUCCGAGCCUGAACCCUCCACCGUUUGCUCACAUCAUGUCCCCGCUCGAUCCGUUCAUGAACCCGGAUUGUCUGUGACACAAACGGACGAAUCAUCCUACAUCAAUCCCGAAUCGGUGCAUCCUGCUGAUCUAGAGCACGAGUUAGUCGGAUCAGAGACAAUCUCGGAGCCUGAAGCUGCAAGUGAUGCCUCCGACUUAAGACCUGCAGAGGAUGCUUUCCAUGAACGCCCUCGGUCUCCUAAAUCACAGUCCACUUCAUCAGAAGAAAGAGAAUCGCUUGCACAAAGUUGCACGAGUGACUCUUCUAACAUCUCUAGUAAGGACUCUGUCAGACUUCCGGCGGGGACCGAACAUCCUCACGCCUCCCCAGAACCUGAGGAUGAGAGUUUAGACUCGGGUGUGAACGCAGAACCUGAGCAGAAAGUGUGUACAGGACCUAUGGACAGACAGCCCGAGGAGAUCUGUGGGCUCGUACCUGGUUCUGAGGUUCGGGUCUCACUGGAUCACAUCAUUGACGAUGCACUUGUUGUGUCGUUUCGUUUAGGCGAGAAGAUCUUCUCUGGGGUUCUUAUGGACCUUUCCAAAAGAUUUGGACCCUAUGGAAUUCCAAUAACUGUGUUUCCCAAGAGAGAGUACAAGGACAAACCAGAAUCUAUGCAGCUUAAGACUGAGGCAUUCCAGUCAGAGACUGAGAAGGGAGUCACUCAAGGAACUCCCGACGUCCUUUCAGAGGAACCUGUGCAGGGGCCGUCAGUGGCUCAACCCAGUCCUAACCCUGAGCCCAAACCAUGGACUGUAAAACCACCCCCUUUGUUUCAUGAGGGGGCUCCUUACCCGCCUCCACUGUUCAUCAGGGACACCUACAACCAGUCGUUACCUCAGCCUCCACCUCGCAAGAUUAAACGGCCGAAGCGCAGGCUAUACAGAGAGGAGCCCACCUCCAUUAUGAAUGCCAUCAAGCUUCGACCGAGACAAGUGCUGUGUGAUAAAUGCAAAGGGGCUGUGGUACAAGGGGAGAAGCGUGAAACGCGCAGAGGCCCUGUAUCAGACUGCCGGAGCGAUGAUGUAAAGCGUCGGCGCAAUGAUGGCACAGCUCCGGGUGCUGGGAAGCGGCCUCGCAAUGAUGCACGGUCAGAGGACAGAAGCCGCUCGGCCGAUGUGCCCAAGCGGCAAGCUGCAGCGAUACGGGUCAAUUCUUCAACCACGUCUACUCUGGGCCAGAGCCAGGUAAAAGGAACAGCUGCAGGGAGCCGAGUGAUUAAAGGAGUGUCCGCCGCAGCACCAGCCUCAGCCAAUUCCCGGGUCCAGCUCAGUGCCAAGAAAGUGCUGCAGAGCAAAAAUGUUGACCACUCGAAGGCACGUGAAGUGCUGAAGAUGGCCAAAGCACAGAAGAGGCAGAGGGAAUCAGUCACCGGCAGCAGUGCUAACACAAAGGCCAUAACGAGGGCGGCAGCUCUUCAGGAGGCCCACCAGAAGGUUCACUUCACCCGACGACUGCAGCAGAUCAGUGGAGGAGGAGCAGGCAUGUCCAACCCGCUGCCACCCAGGAUGCGCAUCAAGCCUCAAAGGUACCGUAAUGAAGAAAAUGAUUCUUCCUCAUGUAAGCCACCUUGCUUGGAGAAAGUGCCGGGAGGAGGGCGUUUAAUGCUGCCUAAGCUAGCUGCUCCUCGCUGCACCUCCACACGCUCCGCAGGCCAGGCCACUGCCGCUGCAGAGCCUCAGGGGCCAGACAGAGAACUGGAUUCCCCGUUGAGGCAGGCACGACCCAAACCCCAACCGCUCUCCCAGCCACCAUCGGACCACAACAAACCGCAGUCUGAGCCAGAGGAACAGGGGCAGGAGAUGGGCGGGAGCAAGGCUGGCAACCUGGUUGUAUACAUGACCCUGAAACCCAGGCAGCCCGAUUCCUCUAGUACCUCCAUGUGCAGUGUCGAUAGUGCAGAUGACUUAAAGUCAUCAAACUCUGAGUGUAGCUCGACCGAGACCCUUGACUUACCUCCUCCUGGCGAUUUUCGAUCUGCCUCUGCCCCUGGCACAUCUUCUACUUUCGUCUCUGCCUCAUCCCCUGCUCCAAAGGAUUCAAAAAAGCGCAGUAAAUCUCUCAAAGCUGCAGUUUUUUCCAAAAAUGUCUCAAAGUGUGUUGCUCUGGAUGGCAGGACCAUUUGCGUAGGGGACAUUGUGUGGGCUAAAAUCCUUGGUUUCCCUUGGUGGCCUGCCCGCAUCUUAGCUAUCACAGUGAGCCGCAAAGAUAAUGGGCUGUUAGUCAGGCAGGAGGCUCGUGUGUCCUGGUUUGGGUCACCUACCACUUCCUUCCUGGCAAUUACACAGCUUGCCCCCUUUCUAGAAAAUUUCCAGUCUCGCUUUGACAAGAAGAGAAAGGGCCUGUACCGUAAAGCCAUCACAGAGGCUGCCAAGGCAGCCAAACAGCUCACUCCUGAGGUUCGCGCCUUGCUAACUCAGUUUGAGACGUGAGUCUGUGUGCCUUUGAAAGGUAGGCAAAGCAGGCACAGCUUUUGCCCCAUACCCCUUUCAGCAAAUAAAAAAUUACAAACUGUUCACCCCUUACCGUACCCAGCCACCUUUCAGAGAGAAGCCCAAAAAGUGUCAGGCCAGUCAUCCAGGACUCAUUUAUUUAACUAAAUUAGGGGGUCUGGGGAGCUGAAUGUAGUUAGAAGUUGACUGAGAUGCUGGAUAAGAUAAUGAUAGGAAAUGGUUGUCAUGAUUCAUUUGAGGAAAUAUUCUCAUGUAUUAUUUAACUUUUUUUGAGCCCAUAUGCCAUAUUGAAUCUAUCGUUUGAUAUAUUCACGUCAGUAUAUUACUGUAUUAGCACAUAAUUGAGUUGUUUUUUUCUUCCCAGAUCACUCAUUUGCUUAAACCUGUUGUGUCAUAUAGUAAAUGAAUGAGUCAAUGGAAGGCAUUUGUAUUAUUAUUAUUAUUAUUAUUAUUAUUAUUAUUAAUGUUAUUAUUCCUAAUAUUUUAAAUAGUUUUUAUUGAAUUGGACUUGCUUUAGACAGGAUUAAUGAUUCUCUAGCUAAAAGCAUGUUUCAGGGAGAUGUGAAUAUUGGACCAGAUUCAGACAGAGUACAGGCAUCUCUGUUGUUUCUAGUUUCCUUGUGGGCAUUUAGAAAGGAGGCACUGUGGGCUUUGAUGGAAACAGUUUAGUGUUCAUGAGAAGUUUGAACCAGUCCACUAGACAUCUCUUAGUCUUAACACUUGCUGUAAAACUGAACACCACCUUUAAGGCCUGUGCAAAAGAAAGACAGUAAAAUGUGAAAAAAGGACCCCGGUGGGUACAAAGUCUCUAACUCAGGUAGACGAAGAGACUUGCUUGGUGCUGCUCCUCCUUUAUAAUCAGACUUAAUCAGAUGCUGGAUCCUCUGUCUGAAGAGAAGUGAGGAGUCUUAACCUGGGUGUGGUUCUUGCCAACCGUGGCUUCGCAGGCAGUUUAGCUGCGGCUUUGUUGGAGGUGUGUACAAGCCAAAGCCGCCUCAAGUGCCAGGGAGCAGAGUGAGCAGAGGCCCUGUUCACCUCUUAGCAGAUAAAACCAGAAGCAGACAUGCUAGUCGAACUGAGCAGCCCUUUUCCCCGCCCUCACAGCUGCAACUGCUCGCUUCACUUCUCCUUCAUCCUCUCACCCACUUCACAACUCUUCACUUCUCCUAUUCUUUCCUCCAUUUGUCACCAUCGCACGUCUCCUACCUUUCCCAUGUGUUCGUCUUUCACGCUCUCUCAUGUAUAUAUCUGGUUUUAGCUCAAAUAUUCCUGUUCCCUCAUUCUUGUGUGGUUGUAGUCUUUCACUUGGCUCAUCUGUCGUUUAUCUCCGUGCUUCAUCACAAGCACACUUUGUUACCAUCGAGCAUUAAAAUUCAUAUGUUGCAUUAUACCGUUAAGAGAAGACUGUUAUUAAACUGUCUUGCUGAAAACUAGAGCACUGAAGCACAAGACAGCAGUUCUGAUAAGUAACUAGAAUAUAUUUAACCAUGAUUAUGCGUUCAAGCUUCUUUAUGACAUAAUGUCGGCUUACUAGUUCAACGAUUUCUCUGAUUCUAGUGUUUUGUCUUUCAGAGGAAAGUUUUAAAUAAUGUUUAUUUGUGGUGCCUGAACUUUAUUUUUUAUGUCAUUUCACUUGUUUUGGAUCACAGGGCUAAACAUGUGGGAUACACGAGUGUAUAUAGAUAAAUAUAUAUACAGUAUUCAACAUGUCUUUUAUCAGAUGCAUUGACUGAGAAAUGACAUACCUGAGAACAUUUCAUACCUGAGAACAAAUGGUUUUAAAUUUGUAUGAAGCAAGUGAGAGUUAUGUUAAGAGAAAAGAAAUAAUUUCUCUGUAUCCAUGCUUGUCCUUCACUUGCAUUGACAUUCUAAACUGUAAUUUUUUUCCACCUGAGAAGGGAUUUACUGUAAGAGAGUCUGGUCUUCACAAGUAUGGCAGUCACAUAGGCAGAGAUCAGGAGCGUGAGAUUAAAAAAAACAACAACAUACACUUUGCUUGGUAGACCACACUGACUGACUGACACGUUUAUUUGUCAAAAGCAGAGCAAAAUGAUAUUUAUUUUUGGUGGUUGGCUUUGUUUCAUUUCAAUCUCUUUAUUUUUUACAUUUAUUAUUUCUAUCUGUUUGCAGGUCAGAGAAUGCUGUAAAACAAUUGAAAAAAAAAUUACAGUGGAAGAUAUUGUGUACAUGUUUUCUGAUGUUUUAAGAGUAUAUAAAUAAAAUGUGAACUUCAAGAAUUUUA